CGCCGUCACGCCGCGGCCCAGGAGCACCGAACAGCCAGGCUGCCGCGGCCGCCGCAUCCCUAAACUUUCCCCGGAGCCGGCGCCGGUGAUUAGCCCCCCUCCUCCCCAAGGAGAAGACCCCACGGAAUCCCUGAGACUGCGGUGCCUGCGGUGUAGGAGCUGGCAAUGCACGGAUGCACCAGGGAGUGAGCCAUAGCUGGAGGUUGCUCUUUUGCCAAUGACUCUCCCGAUUCCUCCAGCAUCUUAGAAGAUAAGAUGUGUGAAGGGAACAAGACUAUCAUGGCCAACCACCAACUGAUGCCCCUGGUGGUAGUCCUGAGCACCAUCUCCUUGGUCACGGUGGGGCUCAACCUGCUGGUCCUGUGUGCGGUGCGGAGCGAGCGGAAGCUACAUACUGUGGGGAACCUGUACAUCAUUAGCCUCUCAGUGGCAGACCUGAUUGUGGGAGCUGUUGUCAUGCCAAUGAACAUCAUCUACCUCUUCACGUCCGAGUGGUCUCUGGGCUGGCCUCUCUGCCUCUUUUGGCUUUCCAUGGACUACGUGGCCAGCACAGCAUCCAUUUUCAGUGUCUUCAUCUUGUGCAUUGAUCGCUACCGCUCUGUCCAGCAGCCCCUCAGAUACCUGAGGUAUCGCACCAAGACCCGAGCAUCGGCCACCAUCUUGGGAGCCUGGUUUCUCUCCUUUCUCUGGAUUAUUCCCAUUCUGGGCUGGCCUCACUUUAUGCCACACACCUCAGGGCACCGGAAAGACAAAUGUGAGACAGACUUCUAUGAUGUCACCUGGUUCAAGAUCAUGACUGCUAUCAUCAACUUCUACCUGCCUACCUUGCUCAUGCUCUGGUUCUAUGCCAAAAUCUACAAGGCUGUACGGCAGCACUGUCAGCACCGGGAGCUCAUGAAUGGAUCCCUCCCUUCCUUCUCUGAAAUUAAGCUGAAGCCAGAGAACCCCAAGAUAGAGGCCAUGAAACCAGGGAAGAAGUCUCUCUGGGAGGUUCUGAAAAGGAAACAGAAAGUUGCUGGUGGUGGCCCUGUCUUGAAGUCCCAAGAUCCAAACGAGAUGAAAUCCUCAAGUGUCUGCAGCCAAGAGGAGGAUGAACACGUGGACAAACGUCACUGCUUCCCGCUUAAUAUUGUGCAAACACAGACAGAGACAGAGGGGAGUGGCAGGGACUAUGUAGCCAUCAACCAGAGCCAAAGCCAGCUUGAGAUAGAUGAGCAGAGCCUGACCAUGCAUGGGGCCAUUGAGGUGUCAGAGGAUCAGAUUCUAGGUGAUAGCCAGUCCUUCUCUCUAGCAGACUCAGACAUCCCCACAGAAUCAGUAUCAGGGAAAGACAAACCGCUAAGUGAGUCUAGCACAGGCCUUGAUUAUAUCAAGUUCACUUGGAAGAGGCUCCGCUCUCAUUCAAGGCAGUAUAUGUCUGGGUUGCAACUGAACCGAGAACGGAAGGCUGCCAAACAAUUGGGUUUUAUCAUGGCGGCCUUCAUCCUUUGCUGGAUUCCUUACUUCAUCUUCUUCAUGGUCAUUGCCUUCUGCAAGAGCUGUUGCAAUGAACAUGUGCACAUGUUUACUAUCUGGCUGGGCUACAUCAACUCCACACUGAACCCCCUCAUCUACCCUUUGUGCAAUGAGAACUUCAAGAAGACAUUCAAGAAAAUUCUGCACAUUCGCUCCUAAGGGAGGCUAUAAGGGGAUACAACAAAGUGACACUCAGGAUGUCCCUGAGGAAAAUGGAGGGUGAAGGCCUGUGAGUUGCCAGUACCUGGGCUUUCUGGAGUCAAAAGAAUAGUCUUAAGGACUGCGUCAUUUGGAAAGUUCUUAGGCACCAUUGGAAGAACUGCAGAUGGCAGUGGUCAGCAGAGAAUGUACUUUGAGUACAAAGCAGAAUAUUUCCAAGAGAAUUGAAUCUGGACGAGUACUCCUGCUCCUCAGGAAAUGUAGGAGCCUCAGACUCAUUAAUUCAAGCUUCCAGGCUUGAGUUAAUUGGCAGUUGAAGGGACUCGUGGGUAGAGUUCCACUG